AGCUUCACAGAAGGACGGGUGGAUCCCACCUGUUUUUGUGCAUCCCAUGAAACCAUAGUUCACUUCACCGGCUUCACAUACUCGUCUUGGUCAGACUACAACGGCACUACCAUGCGUGUUCAAGCUUCUUUGCUUAUUACUGCUUCCUUUCAUUUCAUCUUAUGUCAUCCCGCCAACCCGCCAAUCUCUCUCCCCAUUUUCUGAUUUCUACUUCUAAUUUUAACAAACGACCAUGGAGAGCGCACACACUCUUCCACUCUUUCCGCUCUCCUUCGUCACCUUCUUCAUCCUCUGUUUUCUCGCUCUGUUUUCCCAUGCUGCCAUUUUCAAUUCAAUCACUCAGGGCCAGUUGAUCAGAGACGGCGACACAGUCGUAUCAAAUGGACUCAAUUUCGAGUUGGGUUUCUUCAGUCCCCAAGAUUCCCCUGUGCGAUACGUCGGGAUUUGGUACAGCGUCCCCGGACCGUCGGUGAUAUGGGUUGCGAACAGAGGAAACCCAAUUAAAGACAAGGAAGGGGCUAUAACAAUUAGCAGAGAUGGCAACUUGGUCAUCUUGGACGGGCAAAACAACACAGUCUGGUCCAGUAACGUGUCAAUCCCAAUCCCGAGAAACAAGUCGAAGGCUUUUCUCCGGGACGACGGAAACCUUAUUCUUUCGAGUAGCCCUACUAACAGGAAGUUGUGGAAGAGCUUUGAGCAUCCAACAGAUACAUUUCUACCUGGUAUGAUUGUUCCAGUAAAUGAAACAAUGGGAGAGGUACGUACUUUUGUGUCUUGGAAAUCUGCUGAUAAUCCUUCACCAGGGAACUACACAAUGGGACUCGAUCCUCGUGCAGCACUCCAGAUAGUGAUUUGGGAAGGAAGCAAAAGGAGAUGGAGAAGUGGGUAUUGGGAUGGUAGAAUAUUCACAGGUGUGUCAAACAUGACCAGCAGUUAUCUUUAUGGUUUUAGACUCAAUGUGAAUGAUGACCAAACCAGGUACUUAACAUAUAAUCCACUGAACAGUUCUGAAAAGGUCAGGUUUCAGAUAGGCUGGGAUGGGACUGAAAGGGAGCUCAUUUGGGAUGAAGGCGAGAGAAAGUGGACUACUGUGGAAAGGGAGCCAUAUAAUGAUUGUGACCUGUAUAACAAGUGUGGGAAUUUUGGGGUAUGCUGUUUAUCCACUUCACCGAUCUGUAAUUGCUUAAAGGGAUUUGAGCCAAAGGAUUGGGAUCAGUGGCAGAAAGGGAACUGGUCGGGUGGGUGUAAAAGGAGAACCCCACUAAAGAAUGAGAUCAAAGCUAGUAAUGGAACAGACAAAAAUGUUAAGGAUGAUGGAUUCUUGAUGAUUAGGUGUAUGAAAUUGCCUGAUUUUGUAAAUUUGGUGGCUGAUAGGAACUCUGGCAUUGAUACUACCAAAGAGAAUUGUGAGAAUCGCUGUGUUUCGGAUAGUAAUUGUACUGCUUAUGCUUAUGUUAUUGGGAUCGGGUGCAUGAUUUGGCAUGGGGAGUUAGUUGAUAUUGACCACUUUGGAAAGGGAGGAAACACGUUGUUCAUCCGCCUUGCUGCUUCUGAAUUAGGCAAUAGGAGUAAAAAGACUGAGAUAAUGAUAAUAGCAUCGGUUGUAGCAGGAGUAAUCUGCCUAGGACUGUGCGUGUGGCUAGCAUAUAUAUUUCAAAGAAAAAGCAAAGCUUCAGGAGGCAAGAAUGAUAAUGUACCCAUAUUUGUUACAAAUAAGAGUAGAGAUUCUUCAGUAGAUGUUUCCGGAUCAACUGAGUUUAGUUUGGAAGGGAAUCAACUAAGCGGGCCAGAAUUACCAUUCUUCAAUUUCAAUUGCAUCGCAAUAGCCACUAACAAUUUCUCAGAAGAGAAUAAGCUCGGAGAGGGGGGAUUUGGUCCUGUCUACAAGGGAAAGCUUCCAGGGGGAGAAGAAAUAGCAGUCAAGAGACUUUCAAGAUGUUCAGGCCAAGGAUUAGAGGAGUUCAAAAAUGAGAUGGUGCUGAUAGCUAGACUACAACAUAGAAAUUUGGUGAGACUAUGGGGAUGUUCCAUCCAAGAGGAGGAGAAGUUGCUGGUAUAUGAAUACUUGCCUAACAAAAGCUUGGAUUGUUAUUUAUUCGACCCAGUUGAGCAGAAAAAAUUAGACUGGAAAAAACGAUUUGAAAUCAUUGAAGGCAUUGCAAGAGGGAUACUUUAUUUACACAGAGAUUCUAGACUUCGAAUCAUUCAUCGUGAUCUAAAAGCAAGUAAUAUUUUGCUAGAUGAAAAUAUGAAUCCGAAAAUUUCAGAUUUUGGCUUGGCCAGAAUAUUUGGAGGCAACCAAAACGAAGCCAAUACAAAUAGAGUAGUUGGCACAUAUGGUUAUAUGGCACCAGAAUAUGCAAUGGAAGGUCUCUUUUCAGUGAAAUCUGAUGUUUAUAGUUUUGGUGUGUUACUACUUGAGAUUGUGACUGGCCGUAAGAAUACAAGCUUCCGUGAUAAAGAUGGCCCAAGUCUGAUUGGAUAUGCAUGGAGACUCUGGAAUGAAGAGAGAGGGAUGGAGCUUGUGGACCCCAAAAUCCGUGAUUCAACACCAAGAAGGAAAGCUUUGAGAUGGAUACAGAUAGGGAUGUUGUGUGUGCAGGAUUCUGCAGGUCACAGACCAACCAUGUCUACUGUGGUUCUGAUGUUAGAGAGUGAAACCAUGGCUCUUCCAUGUCCCAGACAACCUUUGAUUUGCUCGAGUUCUGAGGAUGAACAUGUACAUAUGGAUGGGCCUCUUGAUGCGUCCUCAAAUGGUUUGACAAUUACAGUGGAUCUAGUCAGAUAGCAGAACUGCAUCUUUCUCUUUCCUCUCUUUUUCAUUUUUUUUGAGGCUCAUUAGUGUGAUCACCCUUUAAACACAUGAUACAGUCACAAGAUUAAAUCAGUUUUUCGAUUUUUAUUUUAUCUAUAGUACAGAUGAACAUGAGCAGUGUCAGGUGUUAGUUUUGAACUGGGAUUGUAAAGAUGUAAGAUUUAAGAUAUUUUUAAGAUUCAAUUGUACAUGGGAAGAAAAACAUUGGAUGGAUUUAGAGUUCAACUUGAAUUCAACCCAUUUAAA